UUCUGUUUGCGUGUUCAUUAAUCUGGACAGCCCACGUAGGUCUCCUGACCCUGCCUUGAACCCCUGCUGCGUUAAUAGCCUGUCCAGCGAGCACGGGGCGUGACGCGCAGGUUAGGUUACCUGUUGUGUCUCGCCGCAUGCCCGGGACAGCUCCUGAGGUACUGAGCUGAAGUGGUCCUAAUUCUCGGCUCUUAUUGGUUACGAGAUAGACGGCGGACUCCUAGAGACGCCGUUGAUUCGUCGGUUCACCCGCUCGUUCAGCGGAUUUCCUUCACAACAGAGAGAAAGCUGCAGCAGAGCCGGUGAGCUCAAUGUCACCGGGUACCGGAGAGGAUGGAUUUGGGAGGAAGGUCGGUAUACAUUGUCGGCACGGGCCCAUGAAGAUGCUCACCCAACAACCCCAGCCUGCAGCACAUUUGGAGCAUGAGUCAAGCAGCAGAUGAAGUAGGAGCUUCUGCGCACAUUAACAAGCUCUCAAGAAGAUACUGCGCAGGUAACCACUCCAUGGCUGCACCCUGACACUAUCAUCUGUUCAUCCCCUCUGCCCAAGCCUCCCCCCUCUUAUCCAGCUCCUCCUCACCCUGUGGCCUAUUUAUACCCUGGAGACUCAAAGCAGUCUAUUAAAGCCCACGGACCUGUUCAGAAAAAGCCACCAAUUUCGACAAGAACACUAAAGGAAUUACCUUCUAAAUGGAAAAGGAUCACACAUUCAAAGGAUGACUGCAGUCUACCCCUCUGAGAGUAGCCCAGAAGGGGCUGAAGCUGGGGCUCAGACAGCAGGCUCUAAGGGGUCAGGAGCAGGUGGAACCACCGGGACCAGCUCAGUAACUGGGGUCAAGAGCUUGGAUUCUCAUGGAGACUCGGUCCGAGGUUCCAUUGGAAGCACAGUCGCUUCUACUAGUAGCAGCCAAAGGAACGCCCGCUGGAGCCGGCAGGACAGCUCUGACAUAAAUACGGAUGAUGAGGGAGCCACCGUCCGCCGCCUCACUCCCCUGGAAAGGCUGAACCUGGAUAUGUGCCAGGAUGAAAGGUUGGUCCGUGAGCUCACAGUGGGCAGAAGAAUCGGCUUCUACAAAAUUCACGGAGAGCUCGGGUGUGGAAAUUUCUCCCAUGUUAAGCUGGGAAUUCAUGCUCUUACCAAAGACAAAGUGGCCAUAAAGAUCUUAGAUAAGACCAAGUUGGAUCAGAAGACCCAGCGGCUGCUGUCCAGGGAGAUCUCUAGCAUGGAAAAACUGCACCAUCCCAACAUCAUACGCCUCUAUGAGGUGGUGGAGACUUUGUCACGUUUGCACCUAGUGAUGGAGUAUGCAGGAGGAGGGGAGCUCUACACCAAGAUUACUACAGAAGGAAAGCUUUCUGACACUGACAGCAAGUUUGUCUUUGCUCAGAUUCUUUCUGCUGUUAAACACAUGCAUGAAAAUAACAUCAUCCACCGUGACCUGAAGGCAGAAAAUGUCUUCUACACCAACGGCUCUUGCGUGAAGGUGGGGGACUUUGGAUUCAGCACACUGAGCCGCCGCGAUGAGACACUCAACACAUUCUGUGGCUCUCCGCCGUAUGCUGCGCCUGAACUCUUUAGGGAUGAGCAUUAUGUUGGCAUCUAUGUAGACAUCUGGGCCCUGGGGGUGAUGUUGUUUUUUAUGGUGACAGGCACAAUGCCAUUCAGGGCGGACACUGUGGCCAAACUAAAGCGGUGCAUCAUGGAUGGGGCCUACGUCAUUCCCUCUUGGGUGCCAGAUGCAUGCCAGAGGCUAAUCAGGGGAAUCCUCCAACCCAUACCAACUGACCGCUGUACAGUGGAGCAGAUGAUGGGCUGCGAGUGGUUGCUCCCUGUGGACCUCCCGCACGCCAUGGAACCCUUUAAACUGGACCCAUCCUACCUGGCAGAGAGUGAUCCAUCAGAUCUCACGGAGGAAGAGAUGGAGAUAAAGUCUUCGCUGGAGGCACUGGGAAUCACCUCGGAACACAUCCUGAACAACCAGGGCAAAGACUGCAGGAGCUCCAUCACUGGUGUCUAUCGGAUUCUGCUACACCGUUUUCACAAGAGACGGGUUGUCGAAAGCAUUCCUGUGGUCAAACAGGCAGUCAGACCCACAGCAACAAGUAAAAAGGAACGACUAAAAGUGUACCGCAGUUUACGGCAGACAUCUAAACUCUGUGCAAUUCUGUGACAAAAUUCUUUGCUCCGGAAAUUUGAUUAAGUUAUGGACUUGGAUGCAUGGAUUUUAUUACAAAUAAAAAAUUAAAACAAGAAUAUUUUCAGUCCAGUAGUAUAAAUUGAAAUUAUGGUGUAUAACCCCACUCAAGUCCUGAAAUUGGUCUUUUCUUAUGUCUCUGUAGCUAUGUUGCUGCUGUCAUUGUCUGUUUUUUCUUGCAGGGACAGGAAAUCUCAAGAAAUUUGAAAUGUUCUGAAAUCUCAUUUAUCCAAGUCAACAUAGCAAUGAUUAGAUGGCAUGCAGAACUUAUUAUUUGGGUCAUGCAGGCCAUAUAUUUCUAAUUCACACUUGGCCUACACUUAGUUGUGUUGUAACAACAAGCCCUAUGAGAAUCAGUGUAGCUUAUUUUUAUGAAGAGACAUAAAUCCACCAUAUUUUGUUGAAAAAGUGGCGAAACAUGCAGUAUCUACACGAAAUGUGUUUAUGUCUUAAAUGUUUAAUUGCACUUCUCCUUGAUGCCUUAGUUUUUUUUCAUCUGUUUAUGAAAUCAGACAGCCUGGUUUCAUUGUACUCCUUAAUGCUUGUGAUGAGAUAGUAAGUAGAGAUUUUACAUCUUAUAUAAUACGUCUCUAUGAGAUGUCCCUGCUCUUAGACUGGCUGACCUCGGUAUUUUCCCUGUGGCCUGAAAAAAUCCACUAGAUGACAUUAAGCUAUGAUGACCAACUAACAGUUAGUAGUUCACAUGGCAAAAUAAAAUUUCAGUUUGGAGUGAAACAAUUCUGGUAAGAGUUUGAAUCUUUUUGUCUUUUUAUGAUUCCAUGUCCAUGCAAAUGUGCUGAAUGAAAUAAAUUUAAAACUAAAAAUG